UUUGAUUACUGAUAAAUAGAAGUUGACAUAUAUAUUUUUUCUGAGAGUAAGAUGAAGAUGCUUGUGUUUUUAGGACCACUGUCGGUAACAGCGUUUCUGUUAAGUUGGAGCUUGGCGACUAGUUACAAUAUAGUAUGUUACUUCUCGAGCUGGGCAAUCUACAGACCAUCAGAAGGAAAAUUCGAUGUACCGAAUAUAGAUGCACAUCUUUGUACUCACAUUAUAUUUGCUUUUAUAGGAUCGACUGAUGAUGGUACACUGAACAUUCUAGAUCCUUGGGAAUCUAAUGAUGCUGAUGAGGGCGGACAUUAUGAAGGUUUUCGUAACCUCAGAAAGCUGAAAUCAGAAAAUCCAAAUUUGAAAGUACUUCUAAGUUUGGGAAGUUGGAAAGAGGGUUCUAAAAACAUUUCAAUAGUGGCAGCAGAUCCAAUUAAGAGGAAAAAACUUGGUUGGGAAGCUCUUACUCUGAUUGAAGUAUAUAAUUUCGAUGGAGUCGAUAUUUUUUGGGAAUAUGCUAAUUUAGAAAAUGAUACAGAAUCAGAGGACAAGAAAAAUUUCGUAGAGUUACUAAAGGAUUUUAAAAGCAUGUAUCAACCUAGAGGAUUACUUGUAACAGCCGCUGUAGCUGGAAUCAUAGAUAAAAUUGAACUGUACAACGUAAAAGAAGUAUCAGAAAAUUUGGAUAUGAUGAACGUUUUGAGCUUUGAUUACCAUGGAGCUUUUGACAAUUUUGUUGGACAUGUUUCACCUUUACAUGCCUCUUCAAAAGAUUACGAUCAUGGACGGAAUUCAACAUAUACAGUCGCCACUAGUAUAGAGUAUUGGUUGUACAAAAAUGCUGACAAUAAAAAGAUAAAUAUGGGAGUGGUUACAUAUGGAAGAUCAUUCAAACUCAAAGACAAAUCAAAUACUGAACUAUACGCGCCUAUAAUUGGUGCCGGUUCUAAGGGACCUUAUACAGAAAUUUCAGGAUUCUUAGGAUAUAAUGAAAUCUGUAGUAUUAAUUCAACUUACUAUUGGGACGAUGAACAAAAAGUUCCGCAUAGAGUAUGGGGAGAUCAAUGGGUUGGAUUUGAAGAUGAAGAUUCUUUAAAACUAAAAGUUGAUUUUACCGUAUUAUGGAACUUAUCGGGUAUAAUGAUAUGGUCAUUAGAUACUGAUGAUUUCCUUGGAAAUUGUGGAGGAGGAAAAUAUCCUUUAAUUAGCACCAUCAAAAAUCGAUUAAAAUACCAUGAGGACAGUUUAAAAGGUCGUUAAAUAUUUUUGGUUGUGAAUUUGUAUAUUGAAUUCCAAUAAAUUUUUUUCUUAUAAUUAAA